UUAACGUUUCUGCAAAUGACUUAACAGAGACGUAAACGUUACUUUCAUGUUUCUGUAAAUAUUUAGACGCUAUAAAAUGUCCAGCCAAGCGUCACAAUGCAACGAACAAUGACAUUUGUAAUCCUAUGAUCCCUCUCAGUCGACUCGAUGCCAACAGGAAGUAUUGUGGACCCAGGCGAUAGUUGCUGUUGACUUUUGGAACCUUUCAGACCAGUUCUUCAAAAAGGUUGCCCGUGAGCCCGAUGGAGCGUUCUGCCAGCAUGGGUCAGAAAGACUCUUCCACCAUCCUGGUCUUCUCUCUCAACUGCUGGGGGGUGCGCUACAUGAGCAAGCACUGCACCCAACGUUUCACCAUGAUUGCAGACAUGCUGCUUAAAGAAGAGCACGACAUCAUUCUUCUGCAAGAGGUAUGGAGUGAAAAAGACUACCUCUUCCUGAGAAAGAAACUGUCCAGUAGCCACUCUCACUCUCAUUACUUUAAAAGCGGAGUCAUUGGCAGCGGAUUGGCCAUUUUCUCCAAACACAGGAUCCAAGACACACUCCUUUAUCGCUACUCCUUGAAUGGUUAUCCAUAUAUGGCCCACCAUGGCGACUGGUUCGGAGGGAAAGCCGUCGGCCUGGCCAUCCUGAACAUCGGCACUCUGACAGCAAACGUGUACUUGACUCACCUGCAUGCCGAGUACAGCCGUGAGAGGGAUACUUAUCUGCCUCACAGGGUGGUCCAAGCGUGGGAGCUGCAGCAGUUCGUCCGUCACACGUCAGCUAAUGCAGACAUGGUGAUCCUGGGUGGCGACCUCAACAUGCAUCCCCAGGACCUUGGCACCCGGUUGCUGAUGUCUUACACGGGACUCCGAGACGCUUAUGCAGAGGCCGACCAGUUUGAUGGAUUUGAGAAUGGUCUGACUCUGGUACUGGACAACGCUUUUGUUAGCAAGAAGAUGGUGAUUCCCUUUGAGAGGGGCAUCAGGAUUGACUACAUCCUCUUCAAGGGUUCUUCCCAAGCAGACAUUCAUUGUGCUUCCAUGUGCACCACCAAAGGCUCCAUUCCGGGACACCCCGUGCCGUACUCGGACCACGAGGCCCUGACUGCUGAGCUGAAACUUGACGCCCACGCCGCACCACAGGCUGGUGACGUUCAGUCCAAGAGUGGACAUUUCUCAGGAGAUGAUGUCGCCAAGCUGGUGGACAUUUUGACGGAGGCCCGCACCGAGGUCAAAGUGGGCAUCCACUGCGCCGAGAGGAUGCGCAAAACAGUCACCCGUAUGGUGGCCAUGGGCUUGGCUCUGCUCCUGCUGGAGCUGGCCAUCGCGGCGGUGCCCUGGUUGGCGCUGGGGGUGGAGCAAGCCUUCCCGCACACUUCCUUCUACCUGCUGGCGGCGCUGUGCUUCGCCAUCCUGCUUGGCACCUCGCUGCUUUACGUCUUCUACACCAUGGAGCUCAAGUCCCUACAAGGCACCGAGGACCAGAUGCGACUCGCCAUGGGUGGCCUGCAGGAGAAGCUACGAGGGUAUCCCGUGGCUCAGCCUGGCUGCACCCACAAGAAACCCCUGGAGGAGCUGGAGCCCAAUGUCUUCUGUCCAGAGGACUAAUUUGUGGAGGGAUGCGGGGGUGGGGUGGCUUUUCAAAUUCUAUCAAUCCACUGUCUUAAUACACUCCGCUUACUCUUAGCCACAACCUUCAUGCUGCAAGGCGACUACUUAACCACUGUUCAGCUUUGCACGGUACCAGUGACAUGCAGUAAGGUUUAUGGCAGAUUUACACCAAUUUAUUGUCCAAUCAGCAAGAAUAAUUACGUCACAUUUAGAUGUAGAAAGUCAUGCACAUAAUGGAUCAAAGUGGUUGUCGCAUAAUAAUAAUAAUAAUAAUAAUAAUACACGUUUCUUGGUGGACAGCCUGGCAGGAGAGAGGAAGUUUGUUGACCAUUUUUGCUUUUUGUACACCUAAAGGUGACACAUGCAGCUGCAAGAUGCUUCCUUACUGCCCCGUCUCAUGAUAGUGUCAAUGCAAUUUUUUUUCCAGACAUCCAAGGACUCCAGUUUGCAGGGACCACAUUCAUUAGAUCCUGGACAGCCACCAGGAAGCUGGAUCGUGUACUUGAACAUGCACCUAAAACAUUUUAGCUUUGAAGGUCCAAAACAUUUCCCUCAUUGACCCCCACACUUGACUUACACAGGUUGUAUACAUUACUGACAUUUGUUUAUUAGAAUAUACUAGAUAUUUGUGUGUAAUGCACAUGAAUCUAUGAGAUAAACCUCAUAAAAUUAUGUAUGUAUGGCUGAGCCAAAACAUUUUACAUGAAUGUAGGGCAUUGAUCAUUCCAACUACUGAGUUUCAUGCUUUUUGAAAGCCCCAAUAAAGACUAAUGAUAU